AUGCCUGGAGCUAUGACUAUGGUCAAAUCUCGCACUGUGCCUACCGAAGAGGCCAUUUCAUUCCCGGUUUUGACAUACAGCGAUGCCGCGCCACGAUCCGACCUUUGCGAUAUCGACGAAAGAACCAAGCGCGAACAGAAUCAACAAAGUCUCGCCCAGUUCGAAUUCUCUCGACCUACCUCUGGAGAUGGACGAUCAAGAAAAAAGCCUCCUCCCGGCACCGUUGCGAGCUUUGAUUUUCGAGUAACUUCGCCCCCAGAUGAAGUGGUUCCUUCUCACGCCAUGAUGGACCGCAGUCCUAUCGGGGUUGGAAUUGCACUGGGCAGUCCAGGCAUGCUCGAUUCGACAGACAAUUUACCCCCACCACGUUUCAAUACGGCGAUCUUCACGGACAAGGAAAAAGAACAGCCGCAGCUGCCACAGCCGCUUCGAAAGGCAAGCAAAUGGAAGAAGAUUGGAGGUUUAUUCAGGGCUAAGAGUGCUCUUGCAUCUCCGACCCGGCCACGACCAUAUCCAAUGACAUUGCCAGGUCAUGGCAACUCGAUGGAUAAACAGACAGUCCAGAAAAUCGGGACUGAGGAAUGGCCGCGCAUUGAGUCAGAUCCCAAAUCUUUAACGACUAGAAAUACUUCUACACCGUCGCGGACUCGCAAGUUUUCGCUUUCCAAUAAGAAGUCACCCAAAGAAAGCAGUGGAGAUCUCGGGCCCCGAUUGGAAAUUGAUAUUCCCGACGUCCAAAUGGAAAGAUACAGCGUGAUGUUCAGCCAUGUGAUGAAUAAGAACCAGAGACCCUCCCUGCUGGCCAGGAGGAGCAAAACACUUGACAACCUCCAGGUUCCUCAGAACUCGGACUUCCUCGCUGCCAAAGUACCACCGAUUCCUCAACGCCGAGCAACAUCACCAGCACGUUCGAGCUUUACACUGUUUCCCACCUCACAACCGUCAAAGGCUGCCCAAGUCCUGGGAUCCCAGAACUUCUCUCGUGGCCCGAGCCCUUUGCUUCGAUCCAACACACUCCCUGCGGAGAGCCCAUCCCAAGAAUCGCCGAUGGAACCCCCACGAGCAAUCCCUAAUAAUAACAGUGUUUCAUCGUUUGAAUCCCUGCCUAUCGCCAAUGUCUUUCAGCGUUCACACACCCCGCGCUCAUCUACCGCAUCUUCUCGCUUCGACGACAAACCACUGCCUGCUAUCAAGCCCGAGCCCGAGACUGAACCUUCAUCGGAAGAGACCACAGGGGCAAAAGUAAGACAGAUCAUGACGCAGAGUCCUGUUGCCAGGCCGUCGAAACCUCAAUCUCAAUCUCAAUCCCCGGCACCAGCCCCAGCCCCGGUACCAAGGGCUCAACAGAUCCCAAGACAAAGGUCCUCGCCGCUCAAGAAUGAAAGAUCAUUACAGCAAGAGAGUCCUCGAGUUAACCGACCAACCCUGACGAUCAAAACUGUGUCAACACCACUCCCACAACCCCCGACGAAAGAUCUCCCCGUCCGUUCUUCAUCAAUCCCACUUGCCGGCCAGCCAAUCCCCAAAUUGAUUACGGACCAGCCUACUAUCACAAUGUCUCCGUCUCCACUCUCAUCUGGUCCAAUGUCAGCAGUCUCUCCGCGACAGUUUCCCCAACCUGCACGUAUACCUUUGUCGAACGGGGGUAAAAUGGUAAAAUCAGUGAGCGGCAAAACUCCAACCAUCGAGGUCUCGACAGCCCGGUCAGUUUCCGUUUCCAAAGGGAGAAGGCAAGUUCUCGUACCCAUCGGAUCACGGGCUGAUCAUUUCGAUUCAAAUGAGCGGCUCGUGGAGAGAAAGACUUUAACGCCAAGGAUCACGGAGGUUACCUCUGGACACCGGCCUGCGAAAUCUCAACAACUUCUAAUUGAGUCGUUGUGA